UAUAAAAGAAAUCAGUACAGAUGAACUAACAUGGAAAUGAAUAUUAUCCGGUUAAUGUAAUUGAAGAUGUGUCAUAUGAUGCAGAAAUAAAACGAAAUUGGACCAUGAAUGAUGAUUUCAAGAAUUUUUAUAAGUUUUUUUUUUUCAACUUAGUCAUUCCUGUUUAACUCACGGAUGAAAAUGGGGCGUUUUUGCGUGAUUGGAAUACUUGUUAUAAUAGUUUCAGCUCAAGUCAGACAGAGAUUUGCUUAUACAAAUUAUACCAUACCUUGUGUGUUGGGCACGUCUUGUAUACUUCCCUGCAAAAUGGACCCAUAUCAAAAGAAUGCCUCUGUCUCAUGGUUGAACAGCAAUGAAGAAUAUCUUACACGAGGUAAAACUAUAAUAAAUCCGGAUUCGACAUAUUUAGGAAUUGAGAAAUCUGCAAAUAACACAUGGAAUCUUCAUAACAAAAAUGUAACCAGAAAUUUUGCUGGAACAUACAAAUGCGAAGCAAAAAUUGGAAGUAAACAGAUGACGCUCUCCGUGGUUACACUUGUUAUUGAAAGUAAACCAACACUUGAUGAAAGAAACUCUUCAGGUUCAAACUCAAAGUUUAAGGAGGGUGAAGAUGCCGAACUUAACUGCGUGUUUGACGGGUCACCGGCACCAGAAAUAAAAUGGCACCGCGGUAGAUCCAUGGAGA